GGCCACGGUGCCGCCCCCGGCUGGGCGCAGCGGCGAGGGCGCGGGCACGGCCAUGGCCCCGGGGGGCCGCUAGCGCGGGCGGCCCAACCGCGAACCACUCUGCCGCCACCGCCGCCGCCGCCGCCGCCCGGGCGCCCAGGCCCCGCAGCCGCGGAAGAGGUGUCCAGACAGCCCAGACCGCUUCUUGGGCCCCAGGCCCCUCCCACAAUGCCUGUCGCUGCUCUUCUCCUCUGGGCUUCCCUACUGACCGGGGCCUGGCCAGUCACCCCCACCCAGGACUACCUGCCGGUCACUCCCCGGGUCCGGCUCUCAUUCAAAGAGCUCAAGGCCACUGGCACUGCCCACUUUUUCAACUUCCUGCUCAACACAACCGACUACCGAAUCCUGCUCAAGGAUGAGGACCACGACCGCAUGUACGUGGGUAGCAAGGACUACGUGCUGUCGCUGGACCUGCAUGACAUCAACCGCGAGCCCCUCAUCAUCCACUGGGCGGCCUCCUCACAGCGCAUCGAGGAGUGUGUGCUGUCUGGCAAAGACGGCAACGGUGAGUGUGGGAACUUCGUCAGGCUUAUCCAACCCUGGAACAGAACACACCUGUACGUGUGUGGGACUGGCGCCUACAACCCCAUGUGCACCUACGUGAACCGAGGCCGACGUGCGCAGGCAACGCCCUGGACCCAGAUGCAGGUGGUCAAAGGUCGAGGCAGCAGAGCCACGGAUGGCAGCCUCCGCUCGACGCCCACAGUCCCACGCCAGGAUUAUAUCUUCUACCUGGAACCUGAGAAACUCGAGUCAGGGAAGGGCAAGUGCCCGUACGACCCCAAGUUGGACACAGCUUCGGCCCUCAUCAACGAGGAGCUCUAUGCCGGUGUGUACAUCGACUUCAUGGGCACCGACGCUGCCAUCUUCCGCACCCUGGGGAAGCAGACAGCCAUGCGCACAGACCAGUACAACUCUCGGUGGCUCAAUGAUCCUUCCUUCAUCCACGCCGAGCUCAUCCCUGACAGUGCCGAGCGCAAUGACGACAAGCUUUACUUCUUCUUCCGUGAGCGGUCGGCGGAGGCGCCGCAGAGCCCAGCCGUGUACGCCCGCAUCGGGCGGAUCUGCCUGAAUGACGAUGGAGGCCACUGCUGCCUGGUCAACAAGUGGAGCACGUUCCUGAAGGCACGGCUGGUCUGCUCUGUGCCCGGCGAGGAUGGCAUUGAGACCCACUUCGAUGAGCUCCAGGAUGUGUUCAUCCAGCAGACCCAGGAUGUGAGGAAUCCUGUCAUCUACGCUGUCUUCACCUCCUCUGGCUCUGUGUUCCGAGGCUCUGCUGUGUGCGUCUAUUCCAUGGCCGACAUUCGUAUGGUCUUCAACGGGCCCUUUGCCCACAAGGAGGGUCCCAACUACCAGUGGAUGCCCUUCUCAGGGAAGAUGCCCUACCCUCGGCCCGGCACGUGCCCUGGCGGGACCUUCACGCCAUCCAUGAAGUCCACCAAGGACUACCCCGACGAGGUCAUCAAUUUCAUGCGCAGCCACCCGCUCAUGUACCAGGCUGUGUACCCCCUGCAGCGGCGGCCCCUGGUGGUCCGCACCGGCGCUCCCUACCGUCUCACCACCGUCGCUGUGGACCAGGUGGAUGCAGCCGACGGGCGCUAUGAGGUGCUUUUCCUGGGCACAGACCGCGGGACAGUGCAGAAGGUCAUUGUGCUACCCAAGGAUGACCGGGAGUUGGAGGAACUCAUGCUGGAGGAAGUGGAGGUCUUCAAGGAGCCAGCACCUGUUAAGACCAUGACCAUCUCUUCCAAGAGGCAACAACUCUAUGUGGCCUCAGCAGUGGGCGUCACACACUUCAGCCUGCACCGCUGCCAGGCAUAUGGGGCUGCCUGUGCCGACUGCUGCCUUGCCCGGGACCCCUACUGCGCCUGGGAUGGCCAGGCCUGUUCACGCUACACGGCGUCCUCCAAGAGGCGGAGCCGCCGGCAAGACGUCAGGCACGGGAAUCCCAUCAGGCAGUGCCGUGGGUUCAACUCCAACGCCAACAAGAACACGGUAGAGUCCGUUCAGUAUGGUGUCGCCGGCAGUGCCGCUUUCCUCGAGUGCCAGCCGCGCUCGCCUCAGGCCACUGUCAAGUGGCUGUUCCAGCGAGACCUCAGUGACAGGCGCCGAGAGAUUCGUGCAGAGGACCGUUUCCUGCGCACAGAGCAGGGCUUGCUGCUCCGUGCCCUGCAGCUGGGGGAUCGAGGCCUCUACUCCUGCACGGCUACCGAGAACAACUUCAAGCAUGUCAUCACGCGGGUGCAGCUCCAUGUCCUGGGCCAGGAAGCUGUCCAUGCUGCCCUCUUCCCGUCGCCAGCUGUGAGUGCCCCGCCGCCUCCUGGUGCAGGCCCUCCUACACCCCCUUACCAGGAGCUGGCCCAGCUGCUGGCCCAGCCGGAAGUGGGCCUCAUCCACCAGUACUGCCAGGGUUACUGGCGCCAUGUACCGCCUAGUCCCAGGGAGGCUCCUGGUGCACCCAGGCCGCCUGAACCCCAGGACCAGAAGAAGCCCCGGAGCCGUCGCCAUCACCCACCGGACACAUGAGGCCAGCUGUCUGAGCCCUGUGAUGGGCCAGCCUAGCCCUUGUCCCUUUUAAUAUAAAAGAUAUAUAUAUAUAUAUAUAAAUAUAAAAAAAUAUCUAUAUUCUAUACACAUCCUGCCCCUGAAGAGACAGUAUUUAUUGGUGGGUUGUAGACAGCCUGCCUCAGCCACAACAUCAUCCAAAACUUCAGCCCCUGCUGGUCAGACACGGCAGCAAACAGCCUGACGGCUCGGCCAGCAGAGCCAGGCCAGUACCGCACAGUCCCGCGCUCGGCCGGGAGCCCGCCUGCCCGAUAGCCACCACCGCGGUCUGCAGGACACGGGGAGGGAGCGAGCUCUACCUGGACGGGGCACUGUGUGCCGUCAGCCCGUCGGCGUAGACGUGGAUGCAAGGACUGUUGGAGACUGGGGCCGGGUGGGGUCAGAUGCACUUGGAGAAGGAAAGAGGGACCGUCACAGGAUACCGGCCCCUGCCUGGGAGGGGCACCCAGUCAAGCUCAGCCCCUUCCUGGGUAUUUAUUCUCUAUUUAUUGGGGGCAAGAGAGGAGGAGCCCUGCCGGAGAAGGGCGGCAUCCGCAGCCCCUGCCCCCUCCCUGCCUGGCCAGGGCAGGGCUGCCUCACUACCUCCUCUUUUCACUCUGUACCACUUGUACUUGGCGGCUGGGAGAACAGCACAGGGGCCAGCUGCCAGCAGGGCUUAGGGGAGAGGGGCCGUGGUGGAGGGCUGGGGCCUGUAGGCACUCCCCAGGGCACCACUUGAGACAAUGGGUAUGAAUAGCUCUGGGGAGCGGUGGGUAGGUGGGUAGGGAGCCCUCUGCUGCCCAGACCACAGCCACUCUUGGGUUCCGUCUUGCUAAUAAACACUGGCUCUGGGACUCGACUUUGCUUUUCUCCUUGGUAGUGGAGGGAGGGGAUGGUUUCAGCCCGGGCCAACAUUCUGUCCUACCUCCCUGCCGGUGUCCUGCCUGCCAGCCCUCUCACACCCCCUCUAGCCAGCCAGGCUUCUGUUUGUUUAGGCUGGGCAUUUGUUUGGCAUUUGUUUGGCACUUGUUCUGUCUUUGCAUCUUACCUUGUCCUGGGCACUAAGGAGUCAGAAUCGGCAGGACAAAACCAGGACCCCUCCAGUCCAUCUGUCCCUAUCCUGAGAGUGGACAAAAUGUCCAUCCUCCCUGCCUUCUCCCAAGAAGUUUUCCACAGAGAGCCCAGCAGGAACUAACAUUCAGAGGUAGGAGAGUCCAGGGGAGGUGGGCAGCCACUGAGCAGUUAGAAGGGGCAAAGGCCUUGCCCCGGCUCACUGAGACAAGCCCUGGCAGAAAAGCCAGGCACUGAGGAGGCCCAGUAGGUCUUAGGGUCACAGCUACUGGGCAGUGGGGACUAGGUGGCAUCUAGGAUUGACUCUGCUUUAAAUAAACCCAGUAAACAGAACCCAGA